AUGUCGCGCGCAGAGUCUCUUGCUCCUUCUGGCGGUCGCAAACGAUCCAAUACGGUGCAAUCACUGUUUGGCGGAUACCCUUCACCAGUUGCCACAUCCUCUACGCCUGUGCCUGUACCUCCGCCGCCUUUGAGGGUGGGAGACUCACGGACGCUCACUGCUUGGGUGAACGAUGGACCAGGAGGGACAGUCAGGCUAAACCACAAACAUUGGCCAGGCGUCGCAGAAGGCGACUUGAUUUGUAUCGCAUCCCCACUUCCAGACCGUGCCCCUGGUUUCCUGUUCGUCGUACCGCCGGAGGACCCUUCGUUGAAGCAUCAGCUGCAGAUUUCUCUCCCUAGACUUGUAUUGGAGAAAUAUGGGCUGCGAAAUUCUGGCGAGGUCGCUCUCACAAAGGUGGAGAAGGAGAAGUUCACCGCGGAUUAUGUCGAGUUUGUGUUCCAAGACCAAUAUCUUGGUCGCAACGAUAUGUGGCGCCUAGGACGAGACCAAGUCGGACAGUGCUUGUACGUCGACCAGCAAGUCUCCUUCAUUGGUGUCAUUGCUGCCAAAGUGCAUGACGUGUACGUGGGGGGAAAGAAAGUAUCCGCCGCGUACGUCUCUCCGGCUACCAGAGUGGUCUAUAGGUCACUUUCUGCGAAGGUGACCAUACUCAUUCAAGUGUGUCGGGAACUCUGGGAGUUUGCCGGAGACGGAGAACGUUACAACGAGAAGAUCGUGCACUCGUUCCUUCCUGCCCUUUUCGCCAAAUGGGGCGAGGUGACCACGAACCACAUCGUCACCAUCGUCCUCAUCUCGCGAGUGUACUACGACGUCUCGGAGAUCACUUAUGCAGCUGGCCCGAUGCGUUGCGAUGACGAAGGGCGGUCGUAUAAGGAUUUCUUCAAAGUCAUCACCGACCUCGAGGUGCUCCACGACUGGAAGUCCACGCUCGUGAGCUUGAAGAACUCGUUCUGGGCCUUCCAACGCGACAUCCUCCUUGCUCACCAUUACCAUCGGGAAUGUAUGACCUCGCCCGACGGCAGCUCCGCGCCCGACCACGUCCGACUAGUCGGGCAGAUCUCCUACGCCCAUGACGGACCGCUGCUGGAGGCGCUCAACCUUGCUCUGAACCCGUCGGAGACGCACUACAUCGACCGCUCUCUGUCGUAUACGGGCUCGUCGACCAUCGUCAUCACGCCCGGAACGGGCUAUUUCCGCGUCUCGAAGCAGCUUCUACGGCUCACCACCACGCGGAUGCUAGACCAAGGCUUUCCUCUCCAUUUGGUCUCUUUGGCGAAACCUCCCCUGCAUCAGACACCGAUAUUCUGCUUCCAGGGCGUAGAGCCUGAUGGUCGUGCGGAGGCAGGCAAGGGUGGUCCUCGCGUACUAGAUCCGUUGUGGGGCGGGGACAGCGAUUCGAGUGGUGAUAGCCUGGGCGAUCUACGUGAACUGAAGACGCUUUGGUGGGAGCCUUUCUGGAUGACGAUAUCCUUUUGGGACCGACAAAUGGAUUUACCGUUCCGGAAAGACCGCUUUGUGGCGCGUGCAAAGAUGCACGAGAUUGAGAUGCUAGGACUGCUAGACCACGACGUGCUCUCUCGCAUCGAGAUUCCGUACCUGCCUGAUGCUGACAACCCAGGUCUUUCUUCUGGCGAGUCUGCCUCUGAGCUCUCUGAUCUUGGGAUAUCGACGUCUGACCUGCUGGAGAAGCGAGCCACCCUGCUCUCACCCGAGGAGGCGGACGAGUUCGAUAUGGACGUCUUCACCAUACGACAGGAUAUCAAGCCUGUUCCGACUACCCGGAACUCACUCUCCUCGAGCGGAAGUAUCCCAACGCUGAGCUCUUCGUGGCGCGGAAGCGACCUUAAGCGGUCGUCUACCAUCCGCACGUCUGAGACGUCGCGUAUAUUUCCCAUUGAGGAAAGUCCAAGGCUAGCCGUCUCACAUCUCCCAUACCACGAUCUAAAUAUGGAUCGCGAACAACGACUUUCUGUGGCGAUCGCAGGGGGCGUCCUGAGCACAUCUCCUUCUCAAGGGUCAAUUCUGUCUGUACGGUCUAAUCGCUCGCAAAGGAGCUCGCGGUCUACCCUUGUGGCUGACUCAGACGGCCAGUCUCGUAGACCGAGCGCCUCCCGCGCCUCAACCAUUUCCAAAUAUGCCCCAACUUGGCUGCUCAACCCGUUCCGAGCAGGAAUCAGUCAACCACAGACGUCUCCAAUAUCUGCUUCAGGUGUCACUAAGGCGACACCCACUGCUUCUCCUGCAUCCUCCACCCCUACACUCGUGCGCACCUCUAGCCAACGCACUUCUCAAUCUGUUGCGGUCCAGGGUGGGACGGCGGCGCGGCCGAUUCGUGGCCGGAACGAGGGCGACGAUCUCGCUGUGCCUCAUCGUGGAUCUCUCACCCGCCACUCGCCCGUCGGUACGCCUCCUCGAGAGGAAUUCUUGAGUAAGCGGCGAGGGACGAUGAGUAGCGUUGCAAACCUCCCUAUCACCCUUACCAACCUUGCUAUCGAAGUCCUCCCAUGGAAGCCACAAGCCACAGUGCCGUACGCGCAAGCCUCGCUCGCUCGCAGGUGGCAGCACGCAUUCCCACAGCCCCUCACCAAGCACGAGAUCAAGUGGAAGGCGAUGGUCACCCCCUUGUGUCUUCCGCUGACAGUCGAACACUUCCCGUCGACGCACGAGUUGGAGACAUCGUAUGGCGUCUUCUCGUACGACUUCGUAGUCGACCCCCCGGAGAUGCACUCUUUCCUCGUCAAGUUCCCUGCCAUGUACGGGAGUCCCGACCAGGUCCGGCGCGCGUGGGGGCUAUCCGUCAUGCGCGGUAUGGUCGCUCUCCGCCUCGCUCAAGGCUUCCAGUUCGUCCUGCGCCCAGCCAAACCGGCUGCCGGCCAGGAAACCGAAGCGCAGAGCUCUCUCCGCCGAACCAAGUCAUACGCUGGAGACGACGCCGCGAAUGCGAGGCCGGUCGGCGCCGCGGACGUGUUGCGGUCCGCGUCCGACUCUGUGUACCUCAGCAUGAGCAAUGAGAUCCACCAUAUCAUGUACAGCGGCGAUUCGAUACAAGUCCGGCGAUACGUGCGCAGGAUGCCGUCGACGAGGCCUUUCGACUAUCAGUUCCUCAUCUGGCCGAAGCUCGGCGAGGGAUACACGGAGAUGAGGACGUCGUUCAUCUCGCACGGUAUGGAGAACUACGGGUGGAACAGACUUGACAUGCUGGUCGCGGGGUACGAGAACCAGUUCAGCGAGUCCCUGAGGUACUGGCGCACACGUUUUGUCGUUAUCCCCGCCGACGACUCCCCGCAUAUGAGUGUGGGCCCCGCUGGAGAGAAGCUUAACGAGGAGGAAAUCCGACUGCUCGGCAUCGACAAGCUCGCUGAGUGUUUCUCGAAGGCGCGGUGGCACGCGAAGGACGACCCCAACCCUCCACCCCCGGUGAGGUUGAUCCCCACCGACCUUGGACCUGCGCAAUGCGUGCAGGACGACUCGAUCAUCGCCCACCUGGACGAGAUACACGCGACAGGCCCUCUUAAGAAGAAGGUGAAGAGCGAGAGAGAUAUCAGCGAGAUGUCCCUCAGCGCUAUCGCGAAGGCCAUGCGAGAGGACGACGGCGUUCCGAUCAAGGAGAAUAGCUGGCAUGGCCGAAGAUAUUCGAACUCCUUCACCGGGACUCAGUUCGUGUACUGGCUGGUUCGCGAGUUCCGGGAUAUCUCAAAUCGCGAGCAGGCGACUGAUUGGGGCUCCAAACUGAUGGGGCAAGGGUUGUUCGACCAUUGCCGGGGGACCCAUGGAUUCCUAGACGGGCACUACUUCUACGUCCUCCGCGGAGAAUACAUCGUUCCAGUUACACCGAAACAGAGCUGGUUCUCUCGCCCCGUGAAGCACGACGAUAUGAAUGCGCGAGGACUGAACUCGCCGAGAACCGCCUCUGGCAAGAGACCUAACAAGCGGCUCAUUCUCAGUCAGAGCAUGAUUAUUGACGUAGAUCCUAGAGAGCGAAGUGACCAGGCCGAGGCGGUUGUCUUGCACCACGAUAUCAUUCACAAUCCUGCCACUUGCUUCCACUUCGAGUUUCACUGGAUUGGUACAACUGCACGGUGCAUCGAAGACCUCCUCCAGCAAUGGAGCCGAACGAUAGAGCGGUACGGCCUCAAGCUUGUGGAGGCUUACGUCGACCAGAUCAGCGACGUCCGCGAGAAGAAUCCGUUCCAAUCGUGUUUCCCCAUCCCGCUAGCGACGCCUCCUCCGGAAGUAUCCGAGCUCGAGAGACGAGUGCCGGAAGGCUUCCACGCGAAGCACUAUUUCGAGUCGGCGCUACUGCGGAAGUGGGGUUUCGUCUUGGAUAUCGAAGCUGCCGGCCACUACCCAAGCCAGGUGGACGUGGUCUACUCCUAUAGGCGUGCGCCAUUCAAGUACUCUCAGUGGGUCCACCGGACUGGCGUCGCAUUCAUUCAGGUCCUGGGAGGUUCCCAAGGGUUCCUCUUUCUCACCAACCGCCUUAUGGCCCCGGGGCGCAUCGGGACGGCCUUCAAGUCACAACGGCCCGCCGCAGCCGCGGAAAAGAUCCGAAUCGACUUGUACAGAUUCUGCUCAGACAAGGAAGCCCUGGAGCGGUUUUACGACGAGGAAAUGGCACAGAUGGAGCAUGCUCUCGAGGAACCUCCGCCGUUGCGUAUAUGAUUGUGAUGAUGCUAGCUGUCGUGCACAACGAUGAUGCUCUUUCAAACCGC